AUGGAAACAACUCCUCAACGACCGAGGCCUAAUGGCUCGCGAGUCGUCAAGAAACGGUCAUCACCUCAGCUUGGUGAUGGUCUUUGUGAUGUCUUUGCAGUUACAGUUGAUUCUCCUGCUUGGACGGAAGAUACCUUCAUCUCUUCCAUCGAUCAUGAGACUAGUAGCUCUGUUUUCACGCCAUCAGAGAAAACUUCUACUGUUGUAUCAUCAACGCCUGAUUCGAGCACUGGAUCCUUCGACUUCGAUCUCCGAUUAGAUUCUAAUGACUACAUUGAAACACCUAAGCAUUCAGCCCCUAGCAUUGUGCAUUGCGAGUCGUCUCGAACCACUUCAUACACGCCUGGCGGAGUCGAGUCAGCAUUGCACACGCCGUCUCCAGUGUCUCUAGAUGUGAGUAUCAGCGCGCUUACCAGUCCAUCUCCAAAGCUACUACAGCUUUCACAAAUACUCGAUCCUCUGGGAUAUCUACCUUAUGCCACACCUCCUAAGAAGCCCAAAGAGCAAACUACCAAGAACCCUCUUAUAACCGCGAAAACUGUAUAUAAGGUCGACUCGUGGUUUCAUGAUAGGAAAUUACCGCUUCUGGAAGCCAAAGACUCAGUCGGGUCGCCUCAGUAUUCAUAUUUAUUGGACACUCUUAAUGCACAACAGAAGCCCCACGAAAGAGACCAAGUCAAUGUCAACCAGCUACCUCACAUAUCCCAAUACUCAAAACUACCUCUACCGAAUCCUUUAUAUCGCAAUGUACAGUCACUAUCUCCAUCGCCGAUCGAAAUUAUGCGCGAACAAUUCUAUGCGAAGUUGAGGAGUUACACUGAUAUGAACCAUACUAAUUCAUCCUUACCUGAAGCUGACGUACACAUUUUUGUGGAUAUGUCUAAUAUAUUCAUUGGAUUCUGUGAGAGCUAUAAAAUCUCUAGGCAAAUACCGCUCACUCGCAGGAUAAGCAUGCCUCCAUUUUCGUUCAAAACAUUGGCACUUGUGAUGGAACGAGCAAGGAAUGUGCAGAAAAGAGUGCUCGCCGGGUCAAUAUACGGCGUAGCAAACAACAAUCCCCAGACAUCUUGGCCGCCUUACUUUCUAGAGGCAGAACAGUUGAACUAUAAGAUGAAUGUUUUUAGUCGUGUUCGAAAGCGUAAAGUUUCACCAAACAAGCCAAAGGGAAGAGGACGAACACCGAUUGAACGCUCUGAUGAAGCAGGCGAUAUUUCAGAAGAUGUCACGUACGAAGUGAGAAAUGGAGAGCAGGGCGUAGACGAGAACCUCCAUCUAAAUAUGAUGGACAGUAUGUGGGACAACAUGUCACAUCCUGGCACAAUGGUGUUGGCUACCGGAGAUGCAGCGGAAGCUGAGUUUUCUGGUGGAUUCUUGCAGUAUGCCAUUCGCGCUCUCGAAAAGGGAUGGAAGCUUGAGCUAGUAACCUGGAAGCGACCUCUCUCGUCCGCUUGGACCGACCCAAAAUUUCUAAAGAAGUAUAAGAACCAGUUCAGUAUCAUCUUCCUAGAUGAUUUUCUAGAAGAGUUACAGACCGGCUUUCUCGCGUAG